UUAAUAUCCUAGAGCCAAAAAAAAAAAAAAAAAAAAAAAAAAUCCUAGUGCAAGCGCAAUAAUAUCUAAUCUUUGACUGAACUGACCACGCUAUCUCACUUUUCGAUUCGUCUUCUUCCCCAAUUCUCUAUGCAAAUCAAACUUCAUCUUCCUCAAAACCCUAACCCUAAUUUCCGAUCAUCCCCAAAAUUUUCUCUUUCUUCAACAUGGGAAACACUGAGAAGUUGAUGAACCAGAUCAUGGAGCUCAAAUUCACCUCCAAAUCACUCCAACGCCAAGCUCGAAAGUGCGAGAAAGACGAGAAAUCCGAGAAACUCAAAGUUAAGAAAGCAAUCGAGAAAGGUAACCUGGAUGGAGCACGAAUUUACGCCGAAAACGCCAUUCGUAAGCGCACAGAACAGAUGAACUACCUUCGAUUAUCGUCUCGCCUUGACGCCGUUGUUGCUCGCCUUGAUACUCAGGCGAAGAUGCAGAUGAUUGGGAAGAACAUGGGAUCGAUUGUGAAAUCUCUUGAAUCGUCUUUGAAUACGGGUAAUUUGCAGAAGAUGUCGGAAACAAUGGACCAAUUUGAGAAGCAAUUUGUGAAUAUGGAGGUUCAGGCUGAGUUUAUGGAGAGUUCUAUGGCUGGGAGUACUUCGCUUUCGACACCCGAAACCGAGGUUAAUAGUUUGAUGCAGCAGGUGGCGGAUGAUUAUGGUCUUGAGGUUUCUGUGGGGUUGCCUCAGGCUGCUGGACAUGCUAUUGCUGAUCCUAAGGCGUCGGAGAAGGUCGAUGAGGAUGAUCUUACAAGGAGGCUUGCUGAGCUUAAGGCUAGAGGCUGAUGUGUGAGGUAAAACUUUAAGGUUUUACUUAUAAUGUUGUAUAGUUUGACUGAUGAGCUACCCUUUGUGAUGUUAUAAAUUGUGAAACUUGAGAUUUUCGAUUCGGAUAAUUGUUGAAUUCGCUGUGGGUGGCUUAAUUAUGUAUUAUAUAUGGAGUAUUGUAUUUAUCUACUGGAAUUCGGGUGUUUGCUCGAUUAUGUGUGACUUUGAUCACCAAUGUAUGUUUUGUUAUGUGACUGAUUCCUAUGUUUA